GGAUAUUUUCUGUAAUCACCCAUUUGGGGAUGUGCAAUUUAAUGCAAACUUUAGUAGGAGUACCCAUUUCUGUUUCUUUUGGUUUUCUUUUUCUCUUUCUUUCUUCUGUGGGCUUGUUAUCCUUUUAGUCAUCUCUGAUCUUCUUCGAAAGUUUUGACAGGAUGGUCUACAAAAGUUGCCAAAACUAACUGAAAGUGUCCAUGAUAGAUUAAGUGUUGAAUUUCUCUUCGGUUUUGAGAGGAAAAUUUUGCAGGUUUAUUGCGUUUACCUCCAUCUGGCCUGUUUAGAGGCACUUUGAAAGGCCUUUUUCCAGUUUAUCGCCUUUCUAUCAAAAACGUCUGUCAUGGACAGUGAAGAUGUCACAACUACAAGGACUAAAAAGCUCUUUCAAAACUGGUUUAUGAGUCAAUUAGAGUAAAAUUAUUUUAAAAGAAAUUUCACACUGUGCAAUCACCUUCACUGACUAUUUACAGGCAAAGAAAGGAAUAAACAUGUUUUGAAGUUCUUUGCUUACAUACAUUUUACAGAUCACCAAAGAAAUCAAACAAAAAGUGUGAACAGCACCUCUUCACAGAAAGACAUGAGUUCCUCUGGCAAAGAUGUACCUGAUGCUAAGUUUGAUCACCAAAGAGAUCAAAUAGAAAGUGCAAAGGGCACCUCUUCACAGAAUGAGAUGAGUUCGUCUAGCAAACAUGGACCGGGUGCUAAGCUUGGAUCUGUACCUGUGUCUGCUGAGAAAGGAUCUGUACCGGAGUCUAGUGAGAAAGUUAGGAGUGGUGCAAUCCCCAUAGAGUACCUACCGUACCUUGCACUGGAUAUACAGUCCAGCAAUGGAAGGAAAUCUAUUGGUAGAGCUCUAGGAGUGGAUGAUUCAUCCUUGUGUGGCAUUGACAAAGACCACGAUGAAGAUUAUGAGCGUUGUUACAAGAUGUUAAAACGUUGGCAUCAGCAAAGUGGCACUGCUCUAUNUGUUACAAGAUGUUAA